CAAUACUUCUCCCGCCGGAGACGACUAAAAUAAACAAAUAAAUAAAUACACAGAAAUGAGAAGGCAUUAGAUUAACUUGUUAUUCUGGCUGACAACAGUAACCUGAAUCCACUGGAGUCCAAUUCCGCUGUCUGGACGACGGCAACUACAGCAACCUGAAUCCAUACUUGCGAAUCAUUAGAGAGAGAGAGAGAGAGAGAGUAAUCUGAAGAUCACAACUUCAUGGUUGAAUUCGUAUUUAGGAAAGAUUGCUUGAAAUAGUCUGGGAACUUCAUUCAGCUUAGAAAUGGACAACAAUAACGAUUUCACUUUUUGCCAGGUUGGCCCACCAGGGAACCAGGAUGAUCAUGAGACAAAUAAGCUCACUUCAGAUACAGAAAACAUUACCAUAAAGGAUGGAUUGUCAAAUGGCACUAGUAGUAAUGAGAAUAGAUGUGUUCUGUGGCAAGGUGGUUUACCAGGAGAAGCCACUUCCAAAAAACAGGAAACAGUUGGUUCUUUGUCUGUCAGCGUCAUUGAUGCAUCAUCCAUGAAAAAGAAAUCUGAAGUUCCAAAGCAACUAAAAUCAGGUGAUGCUGGAAACUCAGUCAAGCCUGCAACUCGUGCUAAAGUACCUUUUGAGAAGGGAUAUAGCCAAAUGGAUUGGCUCAAACUUACUCGAACACAUCCUGACCUUGCAGGCUUAAAGGGACAGUCAAAUAAGAGGCUUAUUUCACUGAAUGAAGUUAAACAGCACCAAAAAGGAGAUUCAAUGUGGACUGUUCUAAAAGGCCGCGUGUACAAUUUGUCUCCAUACAUAAGAUUUCGGCCGGGAGGUGUUGAUAUUCUAAAGAAGGCUGUGGGAAAAGACUGCACAUCGUUAUUCAAUAAAUACCAUGCUUGGGUGAAUGCUGAAUUUUUACUCGAGAAAUGUCUCGUUGGUACUUUAGACGAUGGCGAAGGACAACAUUCCAAACACUAGGAAUCUGCGGCCCGCUCAUCAUACCGGCAGAUUGGCACAGCAAUUUAUUUUCCAAAUCAAAGUUCGCAUUAUAUUUAUCAUAACAAUUUCAUAUAGAGAUGUGAUAUACACACAUCCUAUUUUGCUUCUUACACACCCCUUGAUAAUUUAUAUCCGUUGAUCUUCUUUAAUUCAUCUGAUCAGACGGUCGAAAGUUAAAAAGAUGUGUGAUAAGUAAAAUAAGAUGUGUGUAUAUCACACCCCUUUCAUAUAUUCAUUUUAAAAGAAACACACCUCAUACACUGUUGUACCAUUUGUCAAAUUCAUAUUUUGUUGUAUAUUAUUAAUGCAUAAGCAUUAGAGAUGUUCUUGCAUGCUAUGGAACUUUCCAAUUCAAUGAAACUAAUAAAAAUGAUUUGAAAACUUUAAGUUUUGACCAUAAAGACAAAAUAAAAAAUAAAAUAAACAGUACUAGAAACCUUUCGCACUUUAUUUUACCAUAAGCUACCAAAGAAAACUUCAGAACCUUCACAAAUAAAGCGCUUAAGACUUUAUCUUAUCACAAGCUACCAAAGAAAACUUAAGAUCCUUCAUAACUAAAGCCCUGAAAACUUACUUUAAUGUC